ACAGUGACUCAAGAGACAGACCUAUUUAAACAUACAGUUACUGAGGAUUUUUAAGAGACUCAGUUAAAGAAUUUAGGAAUCUUUGAUUCAUUUACAGGACUUGCAAAUUCAUCACCCCUUGAAAACUACAGCAAACUCAACAGGACAAAAAGAGACUAUGGGCUUAAGUCCAGUAUGUAUACUUUUCUUCUUGUUUGGAGUCAAAGUAUAUUGCCAAUAUGAAAGUUAUCAAUGGGAUGAAGAUUAUGACCAAGAGCCAGAUGAUGUUUACCAACCAGAAUUCCACUUCCAUCAAAAUGUGGACUAUGGAGUGCCUUUUCACCAGCAUACUUUAGGCUGUGCCAGUGAGUGCUUCUGCCCACCUAACUUUCCAUCAUCAAUGUACUGUGAUAAUCGCAAACUCCAGAGUAUACCAAAUAUUCCAGCACACAUUCAGCAAGUCUACCUUCAGUUCAAUGAAAUUGAAGCUGUGACUGCAGAUUCAUUCGUCAAUGCAACUCAUCUUAAAGAAAUCAAUCUCAGUCACAAUAAAAUCAAAUCUCAAAAGAUUGAUCACGGUGUGUUUGCUAAGUUGUCAAAUCUACUACAACUUCACCUAGAGCAUAACAAUUUAGAAGAAUUUCCGUAUCCUCUUCCUAAGUCUUUGGAAAGACUUCUUCUUGGUUACAAUGAAAUCUCCAGACUGCAAACAAAUGCCAUGGAUGGGCUAGUAAACUUGACUAUGCUUGAUCUCUGUUGUAAUCAUCUUGAUGAUUCUAUGUUACAAGAAAAAAACCUUGUCAAACUGGAAAAAUUAAUGCAGCUCAACCUAUGUAACAACAGAUUAGAAUCAAUGCCUCCUGGUUUGCCUUCUUCACUUAUGUAUUUGUCUUUAGAAAAUAAUUCAAUUUCUUCUAUACCAGAAAAUUACUUCAAUGAACUUCCAAAACUUCAUGCUCUAAGAAUGUCACACAACAAACUACAAGACAUCCCACAUAAUAUUUUUAAUCUUUCCAACCUUGCAGAACUCAAUGUUGGACACAACAAACUGAAGCAAGCAUUCUAUAUUCCAAGAAAUUUAGAACAUCUAUACCUAGAAAAUAAUGAAAUUGAAAAUAUCAAUGUUACAGUGAUGUGUCCAUCUAUUGACCCACUAUAUUACCACCACUUAACAUACAUUCGUGUGGACCAAAAUAAGCUAAGAGAACCUAUUAGCUCAUACAUUUUCCUCUGCUUCCCUCAUAUACAUAGUAUUUAUUAUGGUGAACAAAGAAGCAUUAAUGGUCAAACAAUACAGCUGAAGACACAAGUUUUAGGGAGAUUUCAAGAUGAUGCUGAUAGUGAAGAUCAUGAUGAUCGUCAUGAAGUUUCAGAACAAGAAGAAACAGAAGAAAACAUUGACCCUCACUAUUAUGGGAGUCAAGAAUGGCAAGAAAUUCUGUAG